CUAUAUGUUCCGGUUUUCAAAAAUCGUACAUUUCAAUAUCAAUUAUUUGAUUGCAUAAAAAUAAUUUAAUUUAUAUAUUUUUUUAAUUUAUAUUUUAUUAUAUUUAAAAAUUUUAAAAUUAAUUCUUUUUUCAUUUAUUCGACUUCAUAUAAAUAUACAUUUUUUGAUUUUAGAUAUAUUUUAAAUUUCAUAUACUAUAGCACUUUUAUAUUUCAUUAUAUAUAUAUAUAUUUGAAAUGUGCAUUGUCAAAAAUAGUAAAAAUGUAUAAAAUAUAAGUGUAAUAUAUAUAAUCUUAUAUUUCAUAUAAGAUUUCAUAAAUGAUAAAAAUGUUUAUUUUAAAAGUGAUAGAUUUUGAUAAUUUUUGUGAAUAUUAAAUUAAUAAAUAAUAUAGUUAUAACAAAAAUUAUUACAAUUUUAUAUAUAUACAUUAAUUUAUUUACCAUGGUUAAGCAUUCUAAUAGUUUGUAAUACUAUAUGAUGAAUAUCUUAAAGUUCGAUAAAAAAUUUAUUUGAAAUGGCGAAUUUUUCUUAUAUGUAUUUCGUGAAAUAUUAUACAUACCCAUUCUUUAUAAUUUGUGCAAAAAAAAUUAAUUUUAACGGCAAAAAUGGAUGUCAGUACAUUAUUUAAAGCAAGUGUAAAAACUAUUAGUCUUCGUAAUAAAGCUUUAGGAAUUAUUGAUAAUACACAAAAUAUAAAAAAGGCAAAAAAUAAAAGUGCCUUUUUUGUAAAAGUUCAAGGUGUUGUUGCACAAAUUUCAAAAUUACGCGAAUUUUUGUUAGAAAAUCGAAAAGCAUAUUUAAAUUUUUCUAACUAUAUGUCAAAUAUACCAAGUAUGACAGAUGCUGAUCGUGAUAAAAUUGAUGUUGGUGCGCAAAAAAUAAUGACUACUUGUUCCCAAUUACUCAAGGAAUUAAAGAGAGAGAUAGCAAGUUCUGAAGUUUCUCCACAAAAUUUGGAACAUAGAGAAAUCAUGUUAUUAUUAAUUGAAGAUUAUCUGAAGAAUGUUUGCAAAAUUUAUUCAGAACAAAAAGCAAUACGAGUAAAAAGAGCAAUGGAAAUAAGAAAAAUUGCUAAAUUGGAAUUAGAGAAAAAACCAAUUAAAGAAUUAGAACACAAAAUAAAAUUGAGUUCAAACAUAAAUGAAAAAACUGAAGACAAAGAAAAUAAAAUUAAUUCUGAUGACUCAAGCCCUAUGAAAAUACAAGAAAUAAAUGGAGAUGUAAAUACAUUAAUAUAUGAAGAAGAAAUAUCACCUGAAGAUAUACAAGUAUUUGAAGCAGAAAAUGAACAAUUAUAUAACGAACUUAAUACAUUAACAGAAGAAGUAAAACAUAUAGAAAGUAAAGUUGUACACAUAGCCGAACUUCAAGAGAUAUUCACAGAAAAAGUAUUAGAUCAAGAUAAAGAUUUAGAUCGUUUAAUGACGACAGUUGUUGGAUCGACAGAAAAUGUGAAAGAAGCUAAUGAGCAAAUUAGACAAGCAAUUCAGAGAAAUGCAGGACUCAGAGUGUGGAUUCUUUUUUUUCUUUUAGUUAUGUCUUUUUCUCUAUUGUUUCUCGAUUGGUAUAAUCCAUAAAAUAAAGAUGUAUAUUAUUUUAUUACAUUUUUUUUGUACAAACAUCUGAAAAAUGUUGUAUUAUAUGUAAAAUAUUGAUAUAACACUUGUACACUCUGUUACUCUGUAAAUGAUAAUGAACAAAACAUUUGCCAAAA